ACCCUCUCGCCCUCUCUUUGCAAUUAAACCAGGUUUUUCUUUUAGCCCAGCUGUCAAAACGGUCCCCAAACGAAGUGGAAGAAAAGCAGAUUUUGGCCCAAAAAACUAUCAACUUUAAAGGUCCAAGCAUACCCUCUGAGAGUGCCGCCAUCGAGCAUAUGCCCUGGAACAGUCGCUGUGUGAAGGGUAAGGGCAGAACGAGGUGGUGCAAGGUUGUGUUAGCAUGUUGCUGCUCAAGGAACUGAUGCGUCUGGCCACGCAGCAUCGCACCUUCUACUGCUAUGUGCUGCUCAGCAUUUGGAUUUUCCUACUCAUAGCGGGCAUGUACCGCUAUAUGGGAAGUAUGGAGAGCAGUUCUGGUGCUGGCGCUGGCUUUGGCCCCAGCUCGGGCACAAUCAGUUCCUUGGGUGACAACUCCGCCUCGUCGUAUGCUCAGCGCUUUGCCAAGUAUCGGGAGCGUUGUGCACCGCUGGCACAGCUGCAGCGUCUGGAUGAUGGCGGCAUCUUGGAGGGUUGGAAGCUGCAGGGCGUGCUGCUGGUCAUACGUCACGGGGAUCGUGGACCCAUGUCGCAUGUGCGCACCACUGGCAUCAAUUGUGGCGUGGCUGGGGGCACUGAUAACCUGGUCAACAGAUAUCGCAGUUUUCUGCACAAUUCGAGCAGCUCGGCUUCGGGCUCGAAUCACAUGUACUGGAACAAGGUGGGACCCUUUCAUGGCUUUCCGCUGCUGCCAGCCACCGAGCGUGGCUGUCCAUUGGGGCAGCUUACCUACAAGGGCAUCUCUCAAUUGCUGCAUGUGGGCGACAUUAUGCAUCAGGUGUAUGCACAUCCGUUGGGGCUGCUGCUUAAGCCGCCACUCAGUCGAGGUGGCACGGAGACUACACCGCACACGCUCCUCAAUUCGGAUGAGGUGGUGGUCUACACUACACGCUAUCGUCGCACCUUUCAGUCCGCUUUGGCCAUGCUGUUCACCCUGCUGCCGGCGGACAAGUGGCUGGGCCUAAACGUGCGCGAAUCCCACAGCAUGGCCUUCUGCUUUGGGGAGUGCACCUGUGCCCAGUCGGCGCUGUUGCGCAAACGACUGCAGGCCAUGGGCGAUGUGCAGCUGUUGAGGCAAACGGAUGUGCUGGAGGCAAUGCAAUGGAUUGGCGGCACCUUGUUGCAGCAUACACCGAAUGGCAUCACCAAUCCCUUUGAAGUUGUCGACGCUAUGCUGACGGUGCUGUGCCACGAGGCGGCGCUGCCUUGUCGGCACAAGAAACGCAGUCCGACGGCCAGGCCAGCGCGAAAGAAUCCAAAUCAGGAGCUGGUGGAUGUCAUCAACAUUGAUCAGGAUGAGACGGCAACCAAUCUGCAGCCAGAGGCAAACAAUGGCAUCGUGGAACCAGAAUCGAAUGAGGCGGACAAUGGCAAUCCCUCAUCGCCACAGGGAGAGGCGGAUCAUCAAGAGGGUUGCGUGGAGGCGACCCAUGUGGACACCCUGAUGUCCUUUGCCGAUGAUCUGUCCAAGCGUUCCGCGGAUCAUGCCUACUACAAGCUGUCCGGCCUGCUGCGAUCCUAUGGCAUGAUACGGCACAUCGUCAGCUACAUGCUCAAGAUGAUAUCCGGAGAUCGAACCAAGUUUGUCCUUUACUCCGGCCACGACUGCACCAUGCAGUAUCUGACAGCGGCGCUGGGUAUCGCCAAUAGCCAGGGCCAGACCAUUGCGUACGCCUCGCGGUUGGCCUUCGAGGUGUACCGCAGCGAGGCGCACACAGACUACUACUUUCGGGUCGUCUACAAUGGGCGGGAUGUUACGCAGCAGAUUGACUUUUGCGAGGGUGGCAAGAGUCUGCGUGUCACCCGCGACUCGAGGGGCAACAAGGCGGAUCUGUGUCCCAUCGAGAAUAUUAUUCGCUUUCUGCACGAGGACUACUUUGCCCCGCUGAAUGCCACCAACUUUAAGGAAGCCUGUGGCACCACCAAUCCACCAAAGGCAAAUGAGUUCUAGGCCCAACGAUUGAGGAGUCUCCCACGCACUUUUGAAACUGUGAUACGUAGUUAAGAUGCCCAGAAAUAAGCAGCAGAAAGUCCCAUUCCAGUCACAUAAUUUACACAUGCAAAACGACCGCAGCACCCUGCGAUGUUAUCUAUCUAAUGUUAGACGAAUUUUUAGUUAUUGAAAGAUAAUUAUUGUUGAUCCUGAAAGUCGAAAUCGAUACAUAUCAGAAAUCGUGAAUUUGAAGCUCUCUCUUAGCUAAAUCCAAUGCAUAUCAGCGUGUGAGCGUUUUUCCUAGACCUAAGUCCAAAUCGUAAGCAUAUCAAGCGAACGUUUUAAGUUAAUUAUACAAUAAAAAGGGGAAGGAGGAGAAGGCCUAAAUGUU